CAAGCAGGCAACACUACAAACUUAAUUGCAAUAAGAAUUUUAUAUUCCUUCUGGAAAAUAAACAAAUUGUAAAAAUUCUGCGUAAAAUCAAAGUUGCAUUGCAUCUGAAGAAGCGCCGAUCGAAGCACAAGCCCGUAGAGCAACAGGCACUGUCACAGUCACAUCCACAGCAACAACAACAACGCCACCAUCGCUGUAACCAAGACGACGACGGCAACGCCAGCUGCAGCCAGAUGGAAAGCAAUUUGAAUAGAAUGAUAAACCAAACGCUGCGUCAUCCGCUCAGCGGGCAGCUAAGCAAAUAUACAAAUGUAAUGAAGGGCUGGCAAUACCGUUGGUUCACUGUGGACGCCAAGACGGGAUAUUUGAGUUACUAUUUGUGCGACUCUUCGGCUGUGGGCGACGACAUUGCGCCCUCGCCUCAUGUGCUGGCCAACACUCCGCGGGGUCAGGUGCAGCUGGCCGGCGCCGUUGUCUAUCCCAGUGACGAGGAUUCACGCACCUUUUCCAUUGCCUGUGCUUCGGGAGACACGUUAAAGCUGCGCGCCAGUGAUGCACGAGCUCGCCAGGAAUGGGUUGAUGGACUGCGCGCCGUCGUCGAGAGCCACACACAGGCCAUGGACAUAAGCAACUCAUCGCCAUUGCCGGCACGCGAACUGCUGGCCGCUUCGGAUGCAAUGGUUGCCGCUCGACAGGCUCUAUUCCUCACCGAACAGUGCAACGCUUCUUUGGCACGCGCCAUUGAAAACAUUGACUGUGCUUCCUUUUCGCCCACGGAUCCGGACCUAUUGCUGCUGAAGGCCAUCUCCACGGCCAGCACACAGUGUCUGCAUCAAUGCCUUGGCCUGCUGCAGCGUCACCAGGAGAUCAAUCAGCCCCAACUGGAGGAGGUGACGCCGCCAAGUAUUAGUUUGGCUCUGCAGUAGCAAAUCUAAGUUAAUUUCUCUUCUGUUGUUAUCAAAAAGCAAUAAAAAAUAAAAUACUGU